AUCACAGCACUACGGUUCUCAGCUCUAAAGUUUUAUAUUUUUGUUAACACCCCCCUAAAGGGCAUAAGCUCUUACUGUGAUCUGUUGGAGUUAUCAAGGCUCAAUAAAACUUCAUUAAGACCAUCAGUAAAGUUUUGCUCGUCAUUAGGAUGGGGUUAAAAACACAGGAGAAAGUAAAUGGCUGAAUCUUCAUCACAAACAGAAGGCAGAAAAAGGAGGAACAUGGAAGAACCAGAAUUAUUUUCUCAUGACUCCAGCAGUCUCCUGUCUGAUCUGCUGCUGUGUCCGAUCUGUGUGGAUGUGUUCACUGAUCCAGUCACCACUCCGUGUGGACACAACCUCUGUAAGAGCUGCCUUACACAGUGCUGGGACAAGAGUCAACACUGUCACUGUCCAUUAUGUAACAAGAAAUUCACCAAGAGACCUAAACUGAAGAUUAAUACAACACUGAGAGAGGUUGCAGAAAACUUCAAGAAGGCACCUGAGGUUCUUUGUGAUGCCUGCAGUGGAGAGAAGCUGAAGGCCCUAAAAUCCUGUCUGGAUUGUGGACUGAGUUUCUGUAAAAUUCAUUUAGAGCCACAUUAUCAUGUUCCAAAACUUAAGAAACACAAACUAAUAAACCCUGUGGAGAACCUGGAGGCCAACAUAUGCCAGAAACAUGAGAGAGUUCAGGACCGACUGAAGAAGAUAAAAGAGAUCAAACACUCAGUAGAACAAAGCAAAAGAAGCACAGCGAAAGAGAAAGCAGACAGUGUUGAAGUCUUCAUUGCUCUGAUUCGCUCCAUUGAGAGAAGUCAGGCUGAGCUGCCGGAGAUGAUGGAGGAGAAGCAGAAAGCAGCAGAGAGGAAGGCUGAAGGACUCAUUAAAGAGCUGGAGCAGGAAAUCAGUGUGCUAAAGAGGAGAGACACUGAGCUGGAGCGGCUCUCACACACUGAGGAGCAUCUCCACCUCCUACAGAUUUACUCCUCCAUGUGCAGCCCUCCACACACCAAGAACUGGACUGAGAUCAGCAUUAACACUGAUGUGAGUGUGGACACUGUGAGGACAGCUCUGUCUCAGCUUCAGCAGUCUCUGAAUGUGAAACUCACUAAAUCACUCAAUGACAAGUUAAAGAAAACAGUUUCCACAGAACUGAAGAGGAUUCAGCAGUAUGCAGUGGAUGUGACUCUGGAUCCUGAUGCAGCUCAUCCUGAACUCAUCCUGUCUGCCGAUGGAAAACAAGUGACACAUGGAGACAAAAGACAGAAUCUCCCUGAUACACCACAGAGGUUGUAUCGGUAUAUCUGUGUUCAGGGAAAGCAGGGUUUCUCCUCAGGGAGAUUUUAUUAUGAGGUGCAGGUCAGAGGGAAAACUGGCUGGACAUUAGGAGUCGCGAGAGAGAACAUUAACAGGAAGGGGAAGAUUACACUGACUCCUCAGAAUGGAUUCUGGACUGUGUUACUGAGGAAUGAGAAUCAGUAUGAGGCUUGUGAAGGUCCCUAUGUCUCCCUCAGACUGAGAGAGAAGGUGGAGGUUGUGGGGGUGUUUGUGGACUAUGAGGAGGGUCUGGUCUCCUUUUAUGAUGCGGAAAUGGACGCGGAAAAGCGCGAAUAA